CGGCUGCCCAGUUCAGUUGCGAUCGCGACGCGAGCGAGUCAAGUCAUCAAAUUCGGGAAGCUCGACAACCGUUUUCGAGCAGACGGGUGGAAAAUUUCUCUCAUCGAACCACACGGCGGUGGUGGUGGUUGAAACGAGAACGUAAACGCGAAAGGGGCAGCUGGGGCCACAAAAGUAACCCGCUGCAGUAGUGCUAUCAGUGGCAAAGUUCACAAACACACACACUCCAGAGACACUCCAGAGAGUGGUUGCACUUUGAUUUUCGAGACAAGAACGCCUCAAAUCGAACAAGAUGACUAAGAACGAUAAUGCUAAUCUGUUGAACGACAACAGGCUGGGAACCGUGGGCGGAGCCGGGCAGCCGAAGACCCAGAUAGUGCCCGCCCAGCCGAAGACGCUCCAGCACCUCCCCAAGCGCCCGGCGGUGGACCUGGCGUUCCACAACCUCACCUACCGCGUCAAGGAAGGAAACCGCAGCAAUGCGAAAACCAUUCUGAAGGGCGUCAGCGGACGCCUCCGCUCCGGAGAGCUCACCGCCAUCAUGGGACCGUCCGGCGCUGGCAAGAGCACGCUGCUCAACAUUUUGUCCGGCUACAAAACGUCGAGCAUCGAGGGCAGCGUCACCAUGAACGGGGCCGAGCGCAAUCUGAGCGCCUUCCGGAAGCUCUCCGCCUACAUCAUGCAGGACAACCAGCUGCACGGCAACCUCACGGUGCAGGAAGCCAUGACAGUGGCCACCAACCUGAAGCUGAGCAAGAAGUUCACCAAGCCAGAGAAGAACUCCAUGAUCGACGACAUUCUGCUGACGCUCAGUCUGAGCGAGCACCGCUACACGAUGACCAGGAACCUGUCCGGCGGACAGAAGAAGCGCCUGUCGAUCGCCCUGGAGCUGGUCAGCAACCCGCCCAUCAUGUUCUUCGACGAGCCGACCUCCGGCCUGGACAGCUCCACCUGCUUCCAGUGCAUCCACCUGCUCAAGAUGCUGGCCGCGGGCGGCCGGACGGUGAUCUGCACCAUCCACCAGCCGUCGGCCCGUCUCUUCGAGAUGUUCGACCAACUGUACACCCUAGCCGACGGCCAGUGCGUCUACCAGGGCAGCACCAAGCAGCUGGUGCCCUUCCUGUCCACCCUGAACUUGGAGUGCCCCAGCUACCACAACCCGGCCAGCUAUGUCAUUGAAGUGUCCUGCGGAGAGCACGGCGACCACAUCCGCAAGCUGGUGGAGGCGAUCGACAACGGCAAGCGGGACAUCCGCUCGACCGCGGACUACGCCGGGCUGAAGGCCCGCAACGACCUGGUGAAGGUGCAGAACCUGAAAGCCAUCCUGGACAAGAACGACGCCUCAAACGUGAGCGGCAGCAAGUACGAGGACAACCUGAACCUCAACAACGGCCUGGCGCUGAACGGCAUGGUGAACGACAUCGUCAAGGACGGGAACGGUAGCACCGCUGUGGUGACCACCAACGAGAAGGGCGACGCCAUGAUCGACGUGGAGAAGACGGUCAACUGCACCACGGCCCUGCUCACGGAGGAGAUCACUUCGCCGGAGCGCUACCCGACCUCCCAGUUCCACCAGUUCUGGGUGGUGUUGAAGCGAACUCUGCUCUUCAGUUACCGCGAUUGGACCCUCAUGUACCUGCGACUGUUUGCCCAUCUCCUGGUCGGAUUCCUCAUCGGCGCCCUCUACUACGACAUCGGCAACGACGGCGCCAAGGUGCUGAGCAACCUGGGAUUCCUCUUCUUCAACAUGCUGUUCCUCAUGUACACCUCCAUGACCAUAACGAUUCUAUCAUUCCCGCUCGAGAUGCCUGUGCUGUUAAAGGAGAACUUUAAUCGAUGGUAUUCCCUGAAGUCGUACUACCUGGCUAUAUCAGUGGCUGAUAUUCCGUUCCAAGCAAUCUUCUGCGUCAUCUAUGUCUCCAUCGUGUACUACUUCACCUCCCAGCCGUGGGAGAUAUUCCGCUUCUCCAUGUUCUUGUCGGCCUGCCUGCUCAUCUCGUUCGUGGCCCAGUCCGUGGGAUUGGUGGUGGGCGCCGCCAUGAACGUCCAGAACGGCGUCUUCCUGGCCCCGGUCAUGUCCGUGCCGUUCCUGCUCUUCUCCGGCUUCUUCGUCUCCUUCGACGCCAUACCAGUGUACCUGCGGUGGAUCACGUACCUGUCCUACAUCCGCUACGGAUUCGAGGGCACCGCCCUGGCCACCUACGGCUAUGGACGCGAGAAGCUGCGCUGCUUCCAGACGUACUGCCACUUCAAGUCGCCGGUGACGACGCUGGAGGAGCUGGACAUGGUGAACGCCAACUUCACCCUAGACAUCGUGGCUCUGAUUGUGAUCUUCGUGGUGCUGCGCAUCUCGGCGUACCUCUUCCUGCGCUGGAAGCUGAAGACAGUGCGCUAAGCGGGCUCCUGCUGUUUAUGGUCGAAAAGCUUUCCACGUACCUACAUUUAUUUAGUUUUGGAGGAAGCGUCUUGGGGUUCUAAUCCACUAUUCUUGUACAUGUUAUUUUUGCCUAGUUUUUAGUUUAAGUGAUACAAGCGCACAGCACUCUUUUGAGAAUUGAUCGAACCAAACAUUUCAGAACCAUCUUCGAUGAGAGAAUUGAUAGCUCAGUAAGUUAUUAACAUCAUUCACCCAAAAUUUAGCCAAAAACCGUAUUUUCGAUACAUGUCUGCAUGUAUUCAUCGAUGCUUUGAAUGUCUGUGAAUAAACGCCUUUUUUAACACACCUCCCUCUCUAUCGUACACUUUGUCAUGUAACUUAAGGAGUACCCUUGCAUUCUAUAUAGUCUGGGCCCCCGUCCAGUUAUAUUUUGUACCAAUUUUUGAAUACAGGUUUACGAUAAAUAAAUGGUAUUUAAGUGUCUUCAAGAUAUACAUAUUUUAUAAUCACAUUUGUAUUUAUGCAUAGUGCAUUUGUGGAGGAAAUAAAGAUAAUAAACAUA